AGCAUGCUUCAGUAGGAAGUGUGUUUUGCUCUAGUCGCAGUAAGGACUAAAACGGUUUUUUAAGCAAUUGGUAGUGUUUUUACUUACUUGAAUUGAUGUAUUGUGAAUGCUUGUCUUCACUCAGCAAGAUAUAUGUGCAAUUGCCUAACUAGCCAACUGCUAGUAGCUGAAACUGCCACGCUAAAUGGAUAUCGACAUGACUUAUUAAGGAAUCGUCUGUAAACCUGGUGACGCUGUAGCAAAAUGGAUAGACCCACCAACAUCAUGGACAUGUUUGAGACUGGUAAAGUCUUGAAAGUGUGUGCGCCUAUGGUUCGUUAUUCAAAGUUAGCUUUCAGAUGCCUGGUGAGGAAGUAUGACUGUGAUGUAUGUUUCACUCCGAUGAUUGUGGCAUCAGACUUCAUGCGCUCUGUGAAAGCCAGGGACAGUGAAUUCACCACAAAUAGGGCUGAUCGGCCCCUAAUUGUGCAGUUCGCCGCCAAAGACGCCCAGACGCUGGCAGAUGCCGCCUGUGUUGUUGCACCUUUCUCUGAUGGAGUGGACUUGAAUUGUGGUUGUCCUCAGAGAUGGGCAAUGUCAGAGGGUUAUGGAGCCUGUCUGAUCAACAAACCAGACAUCGUGAAAGAUAUGGUGCGACAAGUCCGAAACAAAAUCGAAAACCCCAACUAUGCGGUGUCCAUUAAAAUCAGGAUCCACAAGGACAUAAGGAAGACCGUAGACCUGUGUCAGAAAGCGGAGUCGGCAGGGGUCUCGUGGAUCACCGUGCACGGACGGACAUCCGACGAGUGCCACCAGCCUGUCCACUAUGAUGCCAUAAAGACCAUCAAGGACAGCCUGUCCAUCCCAGUCAUUGCCAAUGGAGACAUCAAGAGUCCCCGGGAUGUGGAGUCGAUUCAUCAACUAACUGGAGUUGAUGGAGUGAUGGCUGCUCGGGGGUUGCUGGCCAAUCCAGCUAUGUUUGCCGGGUAUGAAGACACGCCACUGGAGUGUAUCUGGGACUGGGUGGACAUUGCUCUUGAGCAUGGGACUCCAUUUACCUGCUUCCACCAUCACCUCAUCUACAUGCUGGAGCGGAUUACCUCCCAGCCUGAGAGGAAGGUGUUCAACACCCUCUCGAGUACCUCAGCAGUUAUUGACUACCUCAACAAUACUUAUGGCUCAGCAUAAACUAGGGGAAGAUGACUAAAGAGGCUUUAUUUUCACUUUGCUUUAUUUUUUCAUUCUGAACUGUUUUAAAAUGUAUAAUUUUAUUAAAAGGUUAUAUGUACAAAUGUGUUGUGCAGU